CUCCCCCCUCCUCUCCUCUUUGCCACCCGCCCCUGUCGUCGUCCAUGGGUGAAGACGAUUGAUCCUCUUCGGAACCGAGAUGAGCCUUCUUCUUGUCGACUCAGAGUCGAGUCGAUGUAGUAGUGGCUAUACACAGCCAUCAAGUCAUAGCUUGCAAAAAGAGUCCAGUGGCAGCGUCAGCGAUCAGUGCGUCAAGGCUAACGGUGUGUCAACAGUGCAUUACAACUUCAUACAGAUACCCCUGUCAUUCUCUAGCUCACUGAGCUCAUUUGAACAUGGCUGCGAAGCGACCUCACUCGUCUACGGCGAUGGAAGGCGGUGAUGGCCAUGUGCCUCACAAGCGAACCUCGUUCGACUACUCGCUUCCAACUCAAGUCAAUGACAAGUUGACCCUGCCCAUCGAAGAAGUGGUGCGACAAUGUCUCCCUGACAGCGCUGCACACCCAGCCAUGACACAGCUCAGCGGUCGUUUCAAAGCUGCCAUUGAUCUCAACGCCAACACCAGAUCCACCUCCUCGCCACUCAACCCCAAAAGCCAUCCAUUCGUCAAUGCCAUGAACAAGCUGCCUGAUGUGAGGACUGAAAAUGGUGCAUUCGCCUACUCCACAACCAACUCAGCUCUCCUCGACCUCUUCGACGACUUCAAGCCCGGUGUUCAUCCUCCGGUAUUGUUCAAGGGACUCGAAGCGGCAUGGAAUGUUGACCCUGAGAUGACGCUUCGCAUCAUCUUCCACGCUCGGUCCAUUCACGAAGGCAAAGGCUUCAAGGAAGGCUUCUAUAGAGCCAUGGCGUGGCUCUACGAGAACCACUUCCUGACGCUGUUGAUCAACCUUCAUAUGAUCACCGACCUCACCUGUAUUCGACACCGCUCAACGAAGCGUGACAAGGCAAAGGUCGAGAAGGAUGUCGCUACGAAGCUCGAGGAGGAUCUUGGCGUUGCGGAACUCGACGAGGACGGCGAGAUGAUCAUUGAAGUCAAUUGUCAAGCUGAAUAUCCACCUCGACCCCACGGUUGCUUCAAGGACCUCAUGGAUAUGCUCAUGCUCGUCCUGCACGACCAAUUCUCCACCUCUUUCACCAAAGCACUGACCGCUCUCAACGAGUCUCUUGCUCCCGCCAGUCAGGCCGCAAUCUUCAAAAAGGCUCGACUGGAACCGCUAACUGGCACGGUUGCCGCAAAGAAAAAGCGCGAGGCGUAUCACCAUCUACUCAUGGCGUCCACUGGCCGCAACAUCCCAAAGCAAAUGCGAGUGCCAGUCGAUGUCAAUUCUGAGGAAGCAGCCAUGAACGCGCCGGACCUGAAGACUCAAAUGGUCACCGGUGGAGCCAAGCGCCAGAAGCAUGAGAUCCUCCGAGGGCGAUUGCUCGAGCGAUUUCAGAAGGACGCCAAGUUCACUGUCUUCUACAUCGCGGCGGUCGAUCUUUUUGUCAAGACUAUCAGAGAAGAUCUCGUCCACCUGGAGAAGCACCAGGCGUUCGUUAAAUUACCCGAAGCUGAGCGAGGAGUCUUCAAGGGCAAAUCCUCACCGCACCUCUUUGGCAUGACCUACGCUGCCAAAUGGGUCCCAACCCCUGCUCAUGGAGCCGACCGACAACUCUUUUUCGCUUCAGCCAUUGCGACCCGUCUCUUCCCUGAGAUGGACCGUGUCAACGUCAACGCCGCGCGAGAGCGACUCCAACGCAGCGUCCUGUCUCCUCUCCGUGCUGCACUUAGGGUACCCGAGACGAAGAUGGGGCAGGGAGUCUGGCAUGUCGAUUACACAAAGGUCCCUUCUCGAGCCAUGAAUCGCAAUGCUGCGAACUUCCUGGAACACGAUCCUGUUGGGUACGACAAGUAUCUGACCGCCGUGGCAACAGGGAUGAAGACGAUCUCGGGAGCCUCCUUGAUGCCGCAUGAACCCAUCUUCGAUGCGACGAGCAAUGUCCCGGUCAGACGACGUCUUGGCGACCUUCAAUGGAAUGCACUCGUGGAUUCUAUCGCAUCGUCCUCCGAUGUCAAGUUGUCAAACUGCCUCGCGAUCGCCGACGUGUCUGGAUCCAUGGGCUCAUUCUCAGGUAGCAAGAAAGAUCCCUCGCCGCUGGUAGUCUGCAUCGCGCUCACCCUGCUGCUUGGAGAAUUGUCGGAGUCACCUUGGAACGGCAGUUUCUUCACUUUCUCCGAGGACCCAAAGUGGGAAAAGAUAGAUCCCUCUCUCGAGCUCUCCAAACGAGUGGAGACCCUGCAUCAAGCGGACUGGGGCGGUGCGACCAAUUUCUACAAGGUGUUUGAGCUUAUUCUCGAUGUCGCCCAAACACACCAAUUGACCAAGGACCAAAUGAUCAAGAAGUUGUUCUGCUUCUCCGACAUGCAAUUCGAUCAGGCCGCUGCUCAUGGAUCUGAGUACCAUCUUAACAAUGCUGGGACGUACGGCGUGACCGAAUACCAGAGGAUCAAAGCUAGGUUCGAAUCGGCGGGAUACGAAAUGCCAGAAAUGGUCUUCUGGAAUUUGUCUGCUAGGGAAGAAGACGACGAUCAACCCACGAACAAGGUCGUUCAGCACGACGAACGUGGUGUCGCGAUGAUGUCGGGAUUCUCUGGUGCCCUGAUGAAAUACUUCUUGCAAGGCGCUUCGGGGCCGUUGACACCGGGCACAGAAAGCCCUGCAGCGGAAGCCAAGACGAAGGAUUCCUCCGCAGGGUCCACCAAAAAGGAUGGAGGCGUGACAACCCAAAUGAACGCCCAUGAGCACAUGAUGGCUAUUCUCGACAAGGCUUGUUUCGAAGGUCUACAGGUGGUCGAUUAGGGUCGUCGCUGUAGUCGCCAAGAGGCUGUGGGAAGCCGGGGGAAGAAGAGUGAGCAUAGACAUGAGAAAAGGACGAGGAGGCGGAAGAUCCCCAAUGUGGAUGAUAUCUCUGUUACGAAAUCUCUUACGAUCAAACGCCAUUUCUUACCUGUUGCAUUUUGUAUCAACUGUAUCCUAUAGAAGACAAGUCAUCUUUAUAGA